AUGAAGAUCAUCAUCCCCAGCCUCCUCCUCCUCGCCGGCUCGAUCGCCUUCGUCCAAGAACUAGUCUCCCACGUGGAGGCCUCGAGACGAUUCGUGGCGAUGAUGCCGAACGGCGCCAACGUGACCGGUUACCGAGCUAUCGGCCAUCCCGAUGGUACGGGCCGCAAUGCCUCCACCAACAACUUCGGCAAGGCCUUCGCUAACGUCGGCUACGCGUGGACCAAGGAGUUCUGCAUGAACGACACCGACGGUGAUGGCCAAACGAAUGGCCAGGAACUGGGCGAUCCCUGCUGCCAGUGGAACAGGACGUCGAACCCCGUGGUGCUGUGGACGAUUGGAGUCUCGCAUCCCGACAAUGCCUCGCUCGUUUCCGACCCGCGGCUGUGGGCCAACGUAGUGUGCAACACGUCGACCAACACUACUACCAGUACUAUCAGUACAAACCGAAGCAACACUACAAGCCCAAGCCGAAGCACCACUACAAGCCCAAGCGCCACUACAAGCCCAAGCGCCACCACAAGCCCGAGCGUCGCCAGCACUAACUGUAGGUUGGAAGUCCAAAGCGGAGACCGAAUUCCGCUUUUCACUGAUCUCUCAAGCCGUUUUGUUUGA